GCAGUGACUCCGCAGCCGUCGGCGGAGUAGCAGCUCGGACCCAUCGGGCGGCGAACGAGCUCCGUGUCCGUGUCCGUCGGCCCAGCCGGCCGGUGCGGCGGUGUGCCGUGAUGCGAGUGCGGGUCGUUUGAGACACCUCCGCCGCUAUGUGGCCGGUGAGGAUACGGCGGUGGCGGCGCUGGCCACUGGCCGCCGCUCUGCUGCUGACAGUGGCUGCCGGAGCGCUGCUCUCCGGACCGUGGACGGCGCCUCACGACUCCGAUCACCUGGUCUGGGGCGGCCGCGGCCCUGCGGCCGCCGCCGGCCCGGCUCAGCGGCUGGAGUUCUACGGCGCAGCGCGGAACCUAUUCUCGAGUGACGGACGUCCCGUGUCGCCCAGCCCGUCUUCCGUGGGAUCUGGGGACCUGCUCUCGGUGAUAGUGUCAUCAUCAUCAGCGGUUGAGGAGCCAUCGGACGUCCCCAUACCGUCCCCCAGCCAGGAGCCGGCGCCGGCUGCCGACCCACCCUCCACAAACUCCGCUCCAACCGAGGACGUUCCGCACGAGCGCGCGUUUGAUCGGUACGACCACGAGCUGGACCUGGUCCGCCCGGAGGACGUCGAACCGCUGGCUGAGAGCUGGCUGAAGGCCCGCGAGCGGCUGUACGCCGCCCGCCGGCGCCGGCUGAAACGAGUGUGUUUAGCACGUGGAGUGGAGCUGGCGAAACAUACGACCGAGAGGAGUGUGCUGGCCACCAGCAGUGCCAACCCCGGUGGUCCGGUCGAGACCAUCAAGGUGUCCCAUUUCACCGUGGUUCCGCCGCACAAAACGAUGGCCUGUCUGGUGAAUAAAGUGGCCUCUACAUCUCUUCUGGGCACCUUUCUGAAGCUGACCGGCCACGGCGUGCCGCUGUUUGAUGAGCUCAGCAGUCCGCACUCGAUCGCCUCGCUGCUGCACCCGACGAAGCCUGGCGAGUUUGCGCUGGCCACUAAACACUACUUCAAGUUCAUGUUCGUGCGCCACCCCCUGGAGCGUCUCAUCUCGGCGUAUGAGGACAAAGUGGUCAAGGUUGACCACCCGAGCCUGCUGCACCUGAGGAAGUCAAUAUUCAACACCCAGGAGGACAUCCGCAUCAGGAACCGCACCUAUGCGCUACUCAGAGCGAACGCAGCCAACCGAACUGAACUUCUGGCCGACUACGAGACUAAGCUGGCAGCGUACCGGGCCGAGGUGAAGGCUCGCCACAACGUGCCCACCUUCGGGGAGUUCCUCGACUUCGUGCUCGCCAUGGACCCCACCGGUGACAAUUUCGACAGCCACUGGACGCCGUACUGGCGACAGUGCACACCGUGCCAUAUGCAUUAUGACGUCAUCGGUAAACUUGAAGACGGCUCAGACGACUUCAAGUACGUGUGGCAUCGAAUGAAAAUAUACGACAAAGUAAAAAUACCGCGGAUGAACGCACUGAAGAGAAACGGCACGUCGCUGGAAGAUCACGUACGAACGUAUCUAACGCCCGUACGAGCCUCUGUCAUCUGGAAACUCCGUGCGCUGUUCAAGCUGGAUUUCGAGAUGUUUGGGUACGACUGGGAGGAGAUGCUGCGCUGGUCAGGUCACUGCCCCACCUCGGGAGCCUGCGCGCUCGCUUAGACCAGACGCUAUCGCAUUCAACAGCAAAACGAUACGGUCCUCAGCUUAACGCUGCCUGGAUUACCAUGACGGUGUCUCACAGCGUAAAUACUGUCAAAGUCGCCCCAUGGAAGUUACCCAGACUUGCGACCUUUGAAUUGUAUAAAUUUAAAAUGCUACUUUAUCCUGACAAACCGACAUUCAUUCAUUGUUCAUUUGGGGGCCAAACUGUGACUACCUAUCAAACGUAUGGCAUCUCUCGUUUUGUGUCUCGAAAAAGAGAAAAAUUAUAGUGCGAUAAAUACCGGUUACACACUACAGGACACCAUGAAAUAGUAUUCGUGUGAUGACGUUUGAAGUUGAUAAUUUAUGUUAUCAGAGCGUACUGUGAAUGCCCGGUGCCGUGGAAGCGCGAACUGGUGCCGUGAGUAUUCAGCAUCGGUUCUUACAUGGUCCGCAAGAGUCGUACAACUUUGCUGGAAAGUGUUUUGCUGGGAAGUGUUUUUUUUUUUUUGCGUUUAUGAGGACCGAGUAGGACUGUGAGGCUUGCGGUGAAGUGUUCUACCUACGCGUAAUCUUGUUUGCCUUGGUGUUCUUAGAUGAUGCUUUCAUGUGCUUUACAUCGAUUCAGGAACCUCAGACACGUGGGAGCGGGAGGUGCAUGUGACGCCCAUUGAGCUGUGAUAGUUUGAUAAUAAAACCUCACCACCACA